AUGGGUAGUAAAUCAGCAGACAAGAAGGUAUCCAAGAAGGACCUAAAGCUUAAGAAGAAGCAAGAUGCUAAGAAGGUGAAGGCUGUUGAGCCUGAAUCCAGCUCUGACAGUGAGUCUAGCUCCGACUCCAGCUCUGACUCCAGCUCCGAUUCUGAGUCUGAAUCUUCCGACUCUUCCUCCGACUCCUCCUCCGACUCCUCUUCCGAUGAAGAAGAAGAAAAGGAAGAGGAAAAGCCAAAGAAGAAGGAGGAAUCUGAAUCUUCUGAUUCCGACUCCGACUCUUCCUCUUCCUCCUCUUCUGAUUCUGAAUCUGAAUCUGAAGAAGAAAAGGAAGAACCAAAGAAGAAGGAAUCUUCCUCUUCUUCCUCCUCUGACUCUGACUCUGACUCCUCUUCCUCUGAUUCUGAAUCUGAAGAAGAAAAGGAAGAACCAAAGAAGAAGGAAUCCUCUUCCUCUUCUGAUUCCGACUCCGACUCUGACUCUGACUCCGAUUCCGACUCCUCUUCUUCUGAUUCUGAAGAAGAAAAGAAGGAAGAGCCAAAGAAGCGUAAGGCUGACGAAGAAGAACAAGAAGAACAAGAAGAGUCCAAGAAGCAAAAGACCGAGACCACUGGCGAGCCAGCCACCAUCUUUGUUGGUAGACUUUCUUGGUCCAUUGACGACGAAUGGUUGAAGACCGAGUUCGAACCAAUUGGCGGUGUCAUCAGCGCCAGAGUCAUGUACGAAAGAGGUACCGACAGAUCACGUGGUUACGGUUACGUGGACUUCGAGGACAAGUCAUAUGCCGAAAAGGCCAUCAAGGAGAUGCACGGUAAGGAAAUCGACGGCAGAGCCAUCAACUGUGACAUGUCUACUUCCAAGCCAGCUGGUCCACCAAAGGACGACAGAGCCAAGAAGUUUGGUGACGUCCCAUCCGAGCCAUCUGACACUUUGUUCUUGGGUAACUUGUCCUUCGAGGCCGACAGAGACAACUUGUACGAGAUCUUCGGUAAGUACGGUGAGAUUGUUUCCGUGCGUAUCCCAACGCAUCCAGAAACCGAGCAACCAAAGGGUUUCGGUUACGUGCAGUACGGCAGCAUCGAAGACGCCAAGAAGGCCUUCGAAGCUUUGCAAGGUGAAUACAUCAACAACAGACCUGUGAGACUAGACUACUCCAUUCCAAAGCAGAACUUUGGUGGUGACAGAGGUGGAAGAGGUGGCAGAGGUGGCUUCAACAGAGGUGGUGACAGAGGCGGCAGAGGCGGCAGAGGCGGCUUCAACAGAGGUGGUGACAGAGGUGGCAGAGGUGGCAGAGACUUUGGCUCUGGCUCUAACACUUCCCCAUUGGGCGCUGCAAGACAAAACGCUGCCUUCCAAGGUAAGAAGAAGACCUUUGAUUAG